GAAGGAAUCGGAUGCGGGCCAGCUGUUCACCCCCGGGAGGGAGAGAGGAGCAGCAGGACCAUGAGUAAGGUGGCGUACCAUGACGACCUCGAAUUUCCCUUCUGCGACGAUGUAAUCAAAUAUGAGAAACUUGCAAAGAUCGGCCAAGGGACAUUUGGGGAAGUAUUCAAGGCUCGGGACAGGAGGACGGGCAAGGUUGUAGCACUUAAGAAGAUUCUUAUGGAAAAUGAGAAAGAAGGGUUUCCUAUUACGGCCCUACGAGAAAUAAGAAUUUUGAAAUUGUUACGGCAUGAAAAUGUUGUAAAUCUUCUGGAAAUAGCUCGUACAAAAGGACCUCCACCUCCAGGCCUUCAGAAACCUGUCAAAGCAACACCACACAUGUCUAGUCUCUCCACAUUCUUCUUGGUGUUUGAAUUCUGUGAGCACGACUUGGCUGGUCUACUCUCUAAUGUCAAUGUGAAAUUCAACCUGGGUGAAAUUAAAAAGGUUAUGCAGCAGCUGCUUAAUGGUUUGUACUAUAUUCACUCCAACAAGAUACUCCACAGAGAUCUAAAGGCUUCUAAUGUCCUGAUCACGAAAAAUGGAGUUUUAAAAUUGGCAGAUUUUGGUCUGGCUCGAGCAUUCAGCACCAGCAGACAGGGACCAAACAGAUAUACAAAUCGUGUUGUCACCUUAUGGUAUAGGCCUCCAGAACUCCUUCUUGGAGAAAGAAACUAUGGUCCACCAGUGGAUAUGUGGGGUGCUGGCUGCAUCAUGGCAGAAAUGUGGACUCGCACUCCAAUACUACAGGGAAGUACAGAGCAACACCAGCUAGCACUCAUAACCAAACUCUGUGGAUCUAUCACUCCUGAAGUUUGGCCUCUAGUAGAAAAUUAUGAGUUAUAUAACAAGAUGGAACUGGUCAAAGGACAGCAGCGACGAGUGUGUGAAAGACUAAAGCAUUAUGUUAGGGAUGGUCUGGCUUUGGACCUUUUAGACAAACUUCUCACUUUAGAUCCAAGUAAAAGAGUGGAUUCAUCCACUGCCUUGGACCAUGACUUCUUCUGGAAUGACCCCAUGCCAGGAGAUUUGUCAAAAAUGCUGUCACAGCACACACAGAGUAUGUUUGAAUAUUUAGCACCUGCAAGAAGACCAGGAGCCUCAAACCGACCUGUCAUUCAGCCUAGGCAACCUGACAAUGUUUCCUCCUAUCAAGAACGUGUAUAUUGAGAUUAUUUUUAGGAAGUAUAUUGAUAUUUAUAUGUGCACUUUUAUCUUAACUUGAAAGCUGAAUAAUUUCAGACAUAAUUAUGAACAGCAUAAUGUGUUUCACUCAACUAUUACUUGACUCUCCAUUUAUAUUGGAUGAUAUUUAUGCAUUAAAGGAUUAUGUGGGAGAAGGCAACCUAAGCAAGUGACUAAAGUUUCAGGAAUUUUUACAAGUGGAUAUUUUAUGUAUUUAGUAUUGUGAUAAAGAGACAAAUGCAACUCUUUUUGUGUGUGCUAACAUGUGAAGCAGUACAGGGCAUGAUUUGAUGCACCAAAUAAUUUUACAGUAUUCAUAUUAUUUGCCCAAUUUAUAAAAAUACAAAUGAAUUGGAUUCAUAUAUAUAAAAAAGUAAGUUAAAUGACUGGUAUUAACCCUCUUACAUACCACAUUUUGAUGUGGUCUAGGAAUUUGCAUUAAUAUCUAUUUCACAAAGAUGUGUAGUUGUUAUGAAAAUAACUAACAGGCAUUGGUGGCAGUGUAAUACAACCAUUACAGUACUGUUAGAUUGUACCUUUUUUUUUUAUGUGUCAUUUUACAUUAAGAAGCUGUGAGAUUAGUUACUGAGAUAAAAGAAAAAUAAAUGGUUUGUGUUUUUAUUACUUAUGGUAAAAAAUACAUGCUAGUCAGGUAAUGUCAGCUACAACUAAUGAACCAUGGUAGUAUGGCCUUCAGUUGAGAGAGAGAGAGAGAGAGAGAGAGAGAGAGAGAGAGAGAGAGAGAGAGAGAGAGAGAGAGAGAGAGAGAGAGAGAGAGAGAGAG